AUGAGUACAGCUGACGCCAAAGCCGUCGCGCCUGCGACCGCCGUCGAGGAAAUACCUCAAGACGGAACAGGGGUCGUCUCUGUUGAUCCGUGGCUGUCUCCGUUCAAGGAUGCUUUGAGAAGACGCUAUUCAAAGGCUCAGGAGUGGAUAAAAACUAUAAACGCAACCGAAGGCGGCCUGGAGAAGUUCAGCAAGGGUUUCAAUACGUUCGGUCUCAAUGUAGACGGGAAGAACAACAUUGUGUACCGCGAAUGGGCCCCGAAUGCCACCCAGGCUUUCCUCAUCGGAGACUUUAACGGUUGGAAUCGCCAAUCACACCCCAUGAAAAAGAAUGAUUUUGGUGUAUUUGAGAUAGUGCUGCCGGCUAAGGCCGAUGGCAAGGCAGUCAUUCCUCACAAUUCCAAACUCAAGAUAUCUCUGGUGCUGCCAAGUGGAGAGCAGGUGGACCGACUGCCUGCGUGGAUCUCGUAUGUCACGCAGGAUCUUGCAGUAUCUCCAGCAUACGAUGCUCGCUUCUGGAACCCGCCAAAGUCGGAGCGAUACGUGUUCAAGAAUGCUCGACCCAAGCAGCCACCCAGUGUGCGUGUAUACGAGGCCCAUGUCGGCAUAUCUUCGCCUGAGCAAAAAGUUGCGACGUACAAGGAGUUCACCAAGAACAUGCUCCCGAGAAUCAAGUCUCUGGGGUACAACACCAUCCAACUUAUGGCCAUCAUGGAGCACGCAUACUACGCCAGUUUUGGCUACCAGGUCAACAACUUCUUUGCCGCCAGCAGCCGUUACGGAACGCCUGAGGAACUGAAAGAGCUCAUUGACACGGCACACGGCAUGGGCCUUGUCGUACUUCUCGACGUGGUCCACAGUCAUGCGUCGAAGAACGUCCUCGACGGUCUCAACGAGUUUGAUGGCACUGACCACCAGUACUUCCACAGCGGUGGGAAAGGCAGGCAUGAGUUGUGGGACAGCAGACUGUUCAACUACGGCCACCAUGAAGUUCUGAGGUUUUUGCUCAGCAAUCUGCGCUUCUGGAUGGACGAGUACCAGUUUGACGGCUUCCGUUUCGAUGGUGUCACAAGCAUGCUCUACGUCCAUCAUGGCAUUGGAACUGGGUUUUCUGGAGGAUAUCACGAGUACUUUGGUGCCGGCGUCGAUGAAGAGGCCACCGUGUACCUGAUGCUGGCCAAUACGAUGCUCCACGAUAUGUAUCCCGACAUCAUCACGGUUGCCGAAGACGUCUCUGGAAUGCCAGCACUGUGCUUGCCCAUGGCCCUAGGUGGCGUCGGUUUCGACUACCGACUGGCUAUGGCCAUCCCGGACAUGUGGAUCAAGAUUCUAAAGGAGAAGAAAGACGAGGACUGGGAUGUCAGCGACAUCUGCUGGACGCUGACCAACAGACGGCACGGCGAGAAGACAAUUGCCUACUGCGAAAGCCACGAUCAGGCAUUGGUUGGUGACAAGACACUGAUGAUGCACCUCUGCGACGCGGAGUUGUAUACAAACAUGUCUGUGCUCACGCCGCUGACAGCGGUGAUUGACCGGGGCAUGGCUCUGCAUAAGCUGAUCCGUCUCUUGACGCACGGGCUGGGCGGCGAGGGCUACUUGAACUUUGAGGGCAAUGAGUUCGGCCACCCAGAAUGGCUUGACUUCCCGCGCGAGGGCAACAAUAACUCGUUCUGGUACGCCAGACGGCAGCUCAACUUGACGGAGGAUCCCUUGUUGAGGUAUCACUUCCUAAACAACUUUGACCGUGCGAUGAACCAGCUGGAGGAGAAGUACGGCUGGCUGCAUUCGUCACAGGCAUACAUUUCUCUCAAGCAUGAGGGAGACAAGGUGGUCGUCUUCGAAAGGGCCGGGCUGCUCUUUGUAUUCAACUUCCACCCGACGUCUUCAUUCGCCGACUACCGUGUGGGCGUGGACCAAGCCGGCACAUACAGGACCGUGCUGAGCUCUGAUGAUAAGGAGUUUGGCGGCUUUAGCCGCGUUGACCACGAGACGCGCUUUUUCACUACUCCGCCGUUCUGCUUUGCGCGCGGUACCUCGUUCUGUACCAUCGACAAGAUGUUCAAGAGCGCCAGUUUCGCUCGAGCGGCUCGUGUAGCCCGUUCGUCCCUGACGACUCCUCGCACCAUCCGGCCGGCUGCGGGCUUCACAGCACCUUCUCUGCUUCUCGGCAGCAGAUAUGCCAGCUCUGCCGGCGUUGGUGAUGGCAAGAUUCACCAGGUUAUUGGUGCCGUCGUCGACGUCAAGUUCGACACGGAGAAGCUGCCGCCUAUUCUGAACGCUCUGGAGACCCAGAACAAUGGCCAGAAGCUCGUCCUCGAGGUCGCCCAACAUCUGGGUGAGCACACUGUGCGCUGCAUCUCCAUGGACGGUACCGAGGGUCUUGUCCGUGGCGCCAAGGCGACGGAUACCGGCUCGCCUAUCAUGAUCCCGGUCGGUCCUGCUACGCUUGGCCGUAUCAUGAACGUCACGGGUGACCCGAUUGACGAGCGCGGCCCGAUCAAGACGGACAUGCGCCGGUCGAUUCACGCAGAGGCACCUGCUUUCACUGAGCAGUCGACGACUGCCGAGAUUCUCGUUACGGGCAUCAAGGUUGUCGACCUGCUGGCGCCGUACGCCCGUGGUGGCAAGAUUGGUCUCUUCGGCGGUGCCGGUGUCGGCAAGACUGUGUUCAUCCAGGAGCUUAUCAACAACAUCGCCAAGGCGCACGGUGGUUACUCUGUGUUCACGGGUGUGGGCGAGCGGACGCGUGAGGGUAACGAUCUGUACCACGAAAUGCAGGAGACGUCUGUGAUUCAGCUGGACGGCGACUCCAAGGUGGCGCUUGUCUUUGGCCAGAUGAACGAGCCCCCCGGAGCUCGUGCCCGUGUGGCCCUGACUGGUCUGACGGUGGCCGAGUACUUCCGUGACGAGGAGGGCCAGGAUGUGCUUCUCUUCAUCGACAACAUUUUCCGCUUCACGCAGGCUGGUUCCGAGGUGUCUGCCCUUCUGGGCCGUAUUCCCUCUGCUGUCGGUUACCAGCCCACGCUGGCCGUCGACAUGGGUCUGAUGCAGGAGCGUAUUACGACGACGACCAAGGGCUCGAUUACGUCUGUGCAGGCUGUGUACGUGCCGGCUGACGAUCUGACGGAUCCGGCUCCGGCGACGACGUUUGCCCACUUGGACGCGACGACGGUGCUGUCACGUGGUAUUUCCGAGCUGGGUAUCUACCCCGCUGUGGACCCUCUGGACUCCAAGUCGCGUAUGCUGGACCCGCGUAUCGUGGGUGACGACCACUACAACACGGCGACGCGGGUGCAGCAGAUUCUACAGGAGUACAAGUCGCUGCAGGACAUCAUUGCGAUUCUGGGCAUGGACGAGCUGUCUGAGGCGGACAAGCUGACGGUGGAGCGUGCGCGCAAGAUCCAGCGUUUCCUGAGCCAGCCGUUCACGGUGGCGCAGGUGUUCACGGGCAUUGAGGGCAAGCUGGUCGACCUGAAGGACACGAUUGCGUCGUUCAAGUCGAUUCUGGCCGGCGAGGGCGACGACCUGCCGGAGGGUGCCUUCUACAUGGUGGGCGACCUUGCCUCUGCCCGUGUCAAGGGCGAGAAGAUCCUGGCCGAUCUGGAGGAGAAAUAG